CAUUAUGCGUAUGCGCGUGCAAAGUGUCAAACAUAAAGGAAACUCUUAAAAAUAAAUUUCUGUUUAUUCAAUUAAAUGAAAAUGAAUCAGGACGAAUUUAAAAAUAAAAUAAUAAAAACCGUACAGAAGCAUCGAUGUAUUUACGACACAUCCAUGCGAGAGUACAAUUCGAAUGAGCACAGGGAGAAAGCGUGGGAAAAAGCUGCCAAGGAAGCAUCAACAUCAGUAACAGAAAUAAAGACAAUCUACGAAAGACUUCGACAGCAGUACACGCGAGAAUUGAAGAAACGCCAUCUCAGAGGAGACAGCUACUGGCCAUUCUUCGAUGCUAUGAACUUCCUGUAUCCCUACGUGCGAUCCCGUCGACCAAAGCGCACAUUUCACAAAGAGAAGAAGAUAAAGCGUGACGAUACAGAGACAUCUCAGAGUUCAGCAAUUGAGGGGAGCACAACUGGUUCAUAUCAAAAUGAAAAUGAUUUCCUGCAGGAUGCCAUUGUCCUCGAAUCAGACACGGAGGAAUUUGUCGAGGAGAAAUUUGUAAUCAAUAGGCGUAGCUCACUACAUGAGGAAGCUGCUCCGCCCCAGGCAGCCGCACCAACCCCACCCCCAAAUCAGGAGCAGGAGGAAUUCCAAACAGCAGAGGAAUCAGAUGGGAAUGCCAUGAUGGCAGCUGAGAGUAGCACAAAUGUCGACGUCCUCGAUUGUUACCUCAAAAUCAUUCAUCGAAAGCUUCGAGAACUUCCGGAGAGCGUUGCAGAGGAUCAGUGCAUUCAAUUCAUCAGUCAACUCAAUCAUGUUCUGAGGAAUAAUUAAUAAAUCUGCCCUGACUAGUAA